AUGUCUUGGUUUGGUUCAUCUACAUCCGCACUACAAUUAGAAUUAGAUAAUAAAAUAUCAGAAGCAACAUCAGAAUCUAUUCCCAAUGGAGAAAUUGAUUUAUCAAUAUCAUUAGAAAUUACAGAUUUUAUAAGAUCAAAAAAAUUACCAGCUCAAUCAUGUAUGAGAUCAUUAAAAAAGAGAAUUAAUUUAGUUUAUUCAAAUCCAAAUUUAUUAAAAAGUUCAUUAAAAUUAAUUGAUUUAUGUAUAAAAAAUUGUGGAUUCCCAUUUCUUGUAGAAAUUAGUUCAAGAGAAUUUAUUGAUUAUUUAAUUGAUUUUAUUUUUAAAAUUCAUUAUAAUAUAAAAGAUGAUAGCUUGGAUGAAUCAAAAUUAGAAAUUGGUGAAUUUAUUUUAAAAUUAUUAAAAAGUUGGAAAAUUUCAUUUAAAGAUCAAUUACAAUUAAAUUAUAUUGAAAAAAAAUAUAAUGAAUUAAUUAAUGAAGGUUUUAAAUUUCCUGAUAUUGAUGUUAGUGUGGUUGAUUCAAAAUUUAUUGAUUCUGAAGUUCCACCAGAUUGGAUUGAUUCAGAUAGUUGUAUGAUUUGUUAUACUCCUUUUUCAAUGUUAAAUAGAAAACAUCAUUGUAGAGCUUGUGGAGGAGUAUAUUGUCAAACUCAUUCAAGUAAUAAUUUACAAUUAGUUAAUUUAGGUAUAAUGGAUCCAGUUAGAGUUUGUGAUAAUUGUUACGCAAAGAAUAAACAUAAAUCUAAAAACCAUUCAAAAAAUAAAAAUUCUGUCACUGGUAAUGAUGAUGAAGAUGAACAAUUGAAAAGAGCUAUUGAAUUAAGUUUACAAGAUAAUAGUAUUCUGAUUAAUCGACCAUCAGAAGCACCACCACAAAGAGUACAGGAAACUCAACAACCACAAGAAGAAGAGGAUGAAGAUAUGAAAGCUGCAAUUGCUGCUAGUUUAAAAGAAUAUGAAGCCACAAAACCUAAAAUACAAGAACCAUUUUCUCAACAAGUUGAAAAUCCAUUUGAACAAGAAGAAGAAGAUUCUGAUUUAUAUAAUAUUGAUUUUACUAGUUAUCAACAACAACAACAACUGCCAUUACCAUUAUCUAGUCAACCAUCUUAUCAUCAACAUCCAUCUUAUCAACAACAACAACAGCCACAACAAUAUCAUCAACCACCUAAAAAACCUAUAUCACAAGAUUUAUCACAACAAGAAGAAGAACAAAUUAAUUUAUUUAUAACAUUAAUGAAUAAUGUAAAAAACGAUCCAAAAAAACAUCAAAAUAUAAUGUAUGAUCAAAAUUUAAGUGAUUUAUAUUCUCAAAUUUUAAAAUUAAAACCAAAAGUAAAUAAAUCACUUAGAGAAUCAAUAGAUAAAUAUAAUUUAUUUUUUGAAAUGAAUAAUAAAUUAAGUACUAUAACAAGAUUAUAUGAUCAAUUUUGGGAAAAAAAAUUAAAUUUUGGUAUUAAUAAUAAUUUAAAUUUAAAUCAACAUCAACAAGAUAUUAAUGGUUAUCAUUCUCAAUUUAAUCGGGAGGAUUCAAUUCAACAACCUCAGUAUACUGGACAAUAUACUCAACAGCAAUCUCAACAACAUACUGGUUACCCUCUACAACAACAAUCAACUGGUUAUCCACAGCAACAGCAACAACAUACUGGAUACCCCCAACCACAGCAAUCUCAAAAUACAGGACAAUAUAAUCAACCUUCAGAACCUCAAUUUGAUGAACCAGAACUUCCAACAAAUCCACAACUUUACCCUCCAACACAUCAACAACAACAACAACCUCAUUCUCCCCAACAACAUCAAUAUUCUCCUCAACAAAAUUAUAAUCAACCAUCUGAACCUUCAUUUGAUCAACCAACAACUAUACAUAAACACCCUGCUCAAUCAAUAUAUCCAACAACUGAAAAUUUACCAGAAUCAAGUGAAAGUGAUACAGAAAAACAACAACACCAAUCUAACCAACAUCAACAACAACAAAAUACAAAUGAAUAUGUAGAAGUAUCAUUACCAAAUUAUCCACCACCAGAAGAUAUAAGUAAUGAAUUACCAACUCAAUCAUUUUUAAGACAUGCAACAAGUUCAUUAUCUCCAAAUGCUUUUGAAGAUGCUUCAUUAAAAUAUCCAAGUUUGAAAAAUGUUGAAGAAGAUUAUGAAUAUCAAAAAUUAAAUCAUCCUAAUCAACUACAACAACAACAACAACAACAACAGAAUCAUGGUAUUGGUGAUUUACCUAAAUUGCCUAAUAAUCUUGAAUCUUUUGAUCAUCAACAACAUCAACAACAUCAACAACAUCAACAGAAACAGAAAGUAUAUGAACCGGAACCUCUUAUCGACUUAUAG